AUGAGUCUGCCUGACCAACGCACCGGUCGAUUGGAUAGAUUCUUCGACCAAGUGCUACGCGGCAAGAGGGCCUUGACGACGCCCGAAAACGUGAAGCUCUUCGUUGAAGCUGUGCUUGCGAAAGACAAUAAUUCUGCUUGUAUAGAGCGCAUUAUAGCCAGUCCGGAAGCACGCGCUGCUAUCCAUAACGGUCUCCGGUUCGAUGUAUCUCCAGCGUUUAUCAAUCAGACUACGUCUCCCUUCAUACGCUAUCUAUCGGACCCUACCGUAAAGCAACUGUGCAAUGGCCAGUUUCUUCAGGAGCUACUCACUUCUAUAGUCGAGCCCCGGACAAUAUGGAACGCUUUCAUGGUCGCAUUUCAGAUUGGAAAGCUGAGCGAUGAUUCAACUUAUGCAUUCGCCUGGAUGCUGUUUGAGUUACUUUCUUUGCCUCCGUCUAGUCAGAUCGAUCUGACAGAAGAUGUAAACAAGGUAGUCAGUGACGGAUUGCUUCAGCAGUCAUCAUCGCCAGACGUCCGUGCUUUAGGGCAUAAGAUCGAGCAUAUCCUGCGCGUUCGAUCUUCCAACGUGCACGUGGAUCCUGACUUUGCGCCCGGAGGCCGCCAUGACAACGACUUUGCCGAGUUUUGGAAGAUUGCCAUUCACCCAACAGCCCGCGAAUUCACAUCUACCGAAAAGCCCUUCUACCGCCGUGCUGAUGAAAUAGCCAACAUCCCCGCGGAAACACGUAUCACUGCUCAUCUGGACAAUCAGUUCCGUCUCUUGAGAGAAGACAUGCUUUCCGUGUUGCGCGACGAUAUCCAGAUCGCCCGUGGACAGAAGAAAGGACGUCGGUCUGUUACACUUUUGCGGCAAUUGUCUCUGCGUGGAGCCCGCUGCCGUGAGGGCCGCAGGUUCAAGCCCUUUGCUCUGUCAUUUGUUUGCGAAAAGGGACUGGAAUCACUGUCUGGGCUUAGCCACGGCCAGAAAAAGCACUUCUUGAAGGAGAAUUUACAAUUUCUCAGACAUCAUUCUUUUGGAUGCCUCACUCGCCAGGGCGAAAUUAUUUCCUUUGGCACACUCGAGCGAGAUAUUGACAAUCUGUCGCUGGACCCUCCUCAGGUGGUAUUGCAAAUUUUGGGAGAAGCAGCGCUUGAGGACACACUACUAGCAUUGAGACUGUACAAUGAUGUCGACUUCCUCAUGGUCGAUGCACCUGUAUUCGCUUACGAACCGAUCUUGAAAUGCCUCCAGAGCAAGACCGACCUGGCCCUGGCAAAGGAACUCUUACAACACAACCGAGGCGAUCCGGCAGCAUUGUCAACCUUAUUCAGUCCUUCAAUCGUCGACCAAAUUACAGCUGCGGGGACUACUAAUAUUCAGCAUAUCUUGAAGACAACAAAGCCCGUCAGUCUAGAGACGUCUCAGCACGAAUCCUUCCUCGCGGGACUGAAGCAGAGUGUCAGCCUUAUUCAAGGGCCUCCGGGAACCGGAAAGUCUUUCGUUGGCGCUCUGUUGACAAAGUCUUUCCAUGAAUACACCAACGAAAAGAUUCUUGUUAUGUGCUAUACGAAUCAUGCUUUGGAUCAGUUCCUAGAAGAUCUUCUUGAUAUAGGAAUUGAUAAAGAGGCUAUUGUUAGGCUUGGAUCCAAGUCUUCUCCACGGACUCUUGAGCUUACCUUGCUAAAUCAACGGAUUCUCUAUCAGCGAGGCAAGUCUAGCUGGGAUGUGGUUAACUCGUUAGAAUCUGAAGCAGAUGGCCUGAAAAACAAGUUAACGGAGGCGCUUGAUGCUCUGCAAAACUUCAGCGUGAGCACUGGGGCUAUUAUGGAAUUCUUGGAGUUCGAAGAUCCAGUCUUUCACAAGGCAUUCGCUCCUCUAGAGCAGAGCGACGGAAUGACUAUUGUCGGUGCACACGGAAAAUCUGUGGAUUCUCAUUACUUUUUCGACAACUGGGCGCAGGGAAAGCACCCUAAGGCGUUGGUCAAACAGCUACCAGAAGAGAGCCAGCAAGUAUGGGAUAUGGAACCCGAAGCGCGCAAAUGUUACAUCAACAAAUGGAAAAAGACUUUGCUCAAAGAACAGAUCGUCAUUAUUCAGGUUAUCGCCCAACAGUUUGACGUUAUCCAAGGCCGGCUUGGAAAAAUGUGGAACGAAAGGGCUUUAGAAAUCUUGAAGACAAAACGGAUCAUUGGCUGCACCACGACUGGAGCUGCGAUGUAUAGCGAAGAUAUCCGCCAAGUCGAACCCGGCAUUGUCAUCCUUGAAGAGGCCGGUGAGAUCCUAGAAUCGCACGUUCUAACUGCCAUGGGUUCCGAAACAAAACAACUCGUGCUCAUCGGUGACCAUCAACAGCUGCGACCUAAAAUCAACAACUAUGGGCUUUCUGUCGAAAAGGGUCACGGUUACGAUCUGAACCGCUCCCUCUUCGAGCGCUUAGUUCUUGCAGGGUAUCCACAUUCAACGCUGGCCAAGCAACAUCGCAUGUGCCCCGAGAUUUCCUCGCUGGUGAGGCAUCUCACAUAUCCCGAUUUGUUGGAUGAUCCAAAGACGCUGAACCGUCCACCUCCACUUGGGCUACAAGACCGCAUUAUAUUCUUGGAUCAUCGCAACGCUGAAGCACAAUUCAAGACAGUUUCCGAUCGUCGAGAUGAAGGCGCAAAGGGGAGUAAGCAGAACACAUUUGAGGCUGAAAUUGUGCUAAAGAUAGUUAAGUACCUCGGCCAACAGGGAUAUGGAACGGACGAUUUGGUGGUUCUCACACCCUAUCUUGGCCAGCUUCAUUUGUUACGAGACUCCUUGAGGAAGGAAACCGAUCCGGUGUUGAAUGAUUUGGAUUCGUACGAUCUUGUUCGAGCAGGAUUGCUCUCUAAAGCUGGAGCGCAGCAUCGAAAGCGACCUCUUCGAUUGUCCACCAUAGACAACUAUCAGGGCGAGGAGAGCGACAUUGUCAUCGUAUCACUUACUCGUAGCAACGAUGACGGAGACAUCGGGUUUAUGGCAGCACCUCAACGAUUGAAUGUUAUGCUAUCUCGAGCUCGCAACGUCUUGAUUAUGGUCGGGGAUUCUAAAACGUUUAUGAAGAGCCUAAAGGGAAAGGAAAUAUGGACCUCGUUCAUCAACCAUAUGGAUGCCAAUCACCAUUUGUAUGACGGACUGCCGGUCAGGUGCCAACGACAUGGGCAAGAAGCGGUCCUAAAAACAAAGGACGACUUUGAAAGAGAGUGUCCUGAUGGAGGCUGCCUGCUGCCUUGUGGUGCGAUGCUCAGCUGCGGAGUCCAUCCUUGUCCCUCGAAAUGUCACCAACUGUCAGACCAUUCCAAGAUGACAUGCUAUAAAAUUGUCAAUUCGACGUGCCCCCGUGGUCACAAAACCAUUCAGUCCUGCUUCCAGAGCGGCGGGAUAUGUCGCCACUGUGUUGCUGAGGACGAAUUCAUGGAGAAACGGCGCUGUAGAGACAUGAAGCUAGAGGCUGAACGCGAGAGAAAGCAAAAGCAAUACGCGCGCGAGCUCUCAGAACUACAGGAGGAAAUUGAACGCGAACGACGUCUUCAAAGGGACGACUAUGAGUCACUGCAACGACAGAAGGUUAUGGACCAACACCAAGCGGAACUUGCAAAGUUGAAGUCAGGGGGCAAGAGCCUGCCAAAUGAUAUUAAUGUCGAUACUAACGGCGACGGACACCAUACAGGGGUCAAUUGCUCUGCAGGCCCCAAGCACUAUCACGAGCAGAGUGGCGGGCCAGGCGAUAAAGCAGAUGGAAAUGGAGCGCCGCAGCCGGUGCAAAUUAGUGCCCACGCAGAUUGGGACUUUCAAAAGCGUUUUGAAGGAGCACAAAGUGCCGAAAUUGAUACACUGAUGGGUAUGAUCGGUCUUAAUAGCGUCAAGGAAAAGUUCCUUUCAAUCAAGGCCCAAGUGGACACCGCAAUUCGCCAGAAUGUGGAUCUGAAGAGUGAGCGAUUUGGAACAAUCCUGGUUGGAAACCCCGGGACUGGUAAAACCACUGUUGCUCGCCUCUAUGCCAGCUUUCUCGCUUCUGUUGGAGUCCUUCCUGGGAAUAUCUUCGAGGAAACCACUGGAUCGCGCCUGGCAAACGAUGGAGUCUCGGGAUGCCAAAAAACAAUAAACAAGAUUCUCAACAGCGGCGGCGGCGUGCUAUUCAUUGAUGAGGCAUACCAAUUGACGGAAGGACAGUCACUUGGCACCAAUGUUAUUGAUUAUCUUCUGGCUGAGGUGGAAAACCUGACCGGCAAAAUAGUCAUCGUACUCGCAGGAUACCGAAGCCGGAUGGAGAAGUUUCUUGGCCACAACCCAGGAUUGCCGAGUCGAUUCCCCCAUGAGCUCCGGUUUGAAGACUAUAGCGACAAUGAGCUGCGUCAAAUCUUUGAAUAUCGAGUGAGCAAGAAGUAUAAUGGACAAAUGAAAGUCACUGGCGGGAUGAACGGUCUGUACAGUCGUAUCAUCUCUCGGCGUGUUGGCCGCGGACGUGGUAAAGAAGGGUUUGCGAAUGCACGAGCAGUCGAGAAUGCCGUCUCACGUAUCAUUGAGCGUCAAGCUAUCCGGCUCGUCCGGGAGAGAAGGAGCCAACGCAGCGUGGAUGAUAUGCUGUUUACCAAGGAAGACCUCAUCGGGCCGGAGCCAUCAAAGGCUCUCGAGAAUUGCUCUGCAUGGAGGAAGAUGCGUGAAAUGAUCGGUCUGCAGUCUGUGAAGAAUACUGUGCGAGCUCUUUUAGACAGUAUUGAAUACAACUACCAUCGCGAACUCAAGGAGAAACCUCUGGUUGAUUUCACCCUGAAUCGUGUGUUCCUUGGAUCGCCUGGAACGGGUAAAACUUCGGUCGCGAAGCUCUACGGCCAGAUAUUGGUGGAUUUAGGGAUGUUAUCAAAUGGAGAGGUUGUUGUCAAAACUCCCGCCGACUUUAUUGGCUCUGUCCUAGGCGAGUCUGAGAAGAAUACGAAGGGAGUCCUGGCAUCUACAGUCGGUAAAGUACUCGUAAUUGAUGAGGCCUAUGGACUUGCCGGUGGUGGUAGUAGUCGCAGUGGCACAGGAUCAUCGACAGACAUUUACAGAACUGCUGUGGUGGACACCAUCGUGGCCGAGGUGCAAAGCACACCAGGUGAUGACCGGUGUGUGCUACUUCUAGGAUACCAGGACCAGAUGACGGAAAUGUUCCAGAAUGUGAACCCCGGCCUUUCAAGGAGAUUCCCUAUGGACUCUGCCUUCACGUUUGAAGAUUUCACCGAUGACGAGCUUGGCCAGAUCAUGGAUCUCAAGUUAAAGCAGCAGGAAUUCGAGACGACAGUACAGGGUAAGAAGGUGGCAUUGGAAGUCCUUUCGCGAGCUCGUAAUCGGCCAAACUUUGGGAAUGCCGGGGAGAUUGAUAUCUUGUUGAACAAUGCAAAGGUUCGACAUCAGCAACGACUGUCAGCGGAGAAGGCAUCAGGGAGGGUACCGACAAACACCUCAAUUUUCGAGCCGCAGGACCUCGACGGGGAGUAUGAUCGUGGAGAGCGUGCGGAAACGAAUAUCCCUAUGCUUUUUGCCGGAAAUGUCGGCUGCGAGAAGAUUGUGGAACAGCUAGAAGGGUAUCGUCAAACUGUGCGAAAUAUGCGCAUGCUCGAUAUAGAUCCUCGCGACCAGAUUCCAUUCAAUUUCCUGUUUCGGGGUCCCCCGGGAACCGGGAAGACGACCACCGCAAGAAAGAUGGGAAAGGUCUACUAUGACAUGGGUUUCUUAUCUUCUGCAGAUGUGAUUGAAAGCUCCGCAACUGAUCUUAUUGGCCAGUAUGUCGGUCAAACGAGCCCGAAGACACAAGCCCUCUUAGAAAAAGCGCUAGGCAAGGUACUACUUGUCGACGAGGCCUAUCGGCUUGGAGAAGGUCAAUUUGCGAAAGAGGCAAUAGACGAGGUCGUCGACUGCAUUACUAAGCCCAAGUUCAAGCAAAAACUGAUCGUUAUCCUCGCUGGUUACGACGGUGACAUUAACCGACUCAUGGCGAUAAACCCUGGCUUAACAAGCCGCUUCCCGGAGUCGAUCUCAUUCAAUAGCCUCGAUUCAAAUGCCUGCGUGAAGCUAUUGACGAGUCUUCUCAGCUCUCGGAAGCAGAAACUGAGCCAGCGCCUCAGAAUUGUUAACAUGGAUGCAUUGGAAUAUCCGACGUUCUCAUUCCUCGAGGACCUGAAAAGACGUUUCUCAACACUAGCUCAAAUUCUUAACUGGGCUAAUGCGCGCGAUGUAGAAACUCUGGCACAGGCCAUAUUCCGCAAGGCCGUGAAUUCCAUCGCUCAUGGUUGCCUAGUUGUGGGUGAGGACAGUGUUCUCAGUGAGACGGAUCGUAUGAUUACCGAGCGUAUGCACCGGCAAACUACAUCGAAUGGGCACACUCCUGCUUUGCAGAAUGGCGUCGCGGUGGAUGCGCAAUCUUCUAAUGCACACUCUACCAAGACAACAUCUAAUAUCAACUCGUACCAGCAGCCAUCUGAGGAAGAGGAAGAGCAGCAGCCCGACUCACCUCAGCCUUCAGUCCCUAUGAAGGUAACUCGAGAUCCCGGCGUGACGGAUGAUGUGUGGAACCGACUAGAACAGGACAAGGCUACAGAGAAGGCUCGAAGAAAGCAGUAUCAGAAGCUCCUUAACGAAGAGAAUGCGACAAGUAAAGCAGUUCAGGACGCGCAACGGAAGGAGACAGAUGCAGCAAUCCAGAUGAAGCAAGACCAGAAUCACGAUGAUGAAGCCAUGAAGCGCCAUGAACAAGAACGUCUAAAACACGAGCUGGAACUUAGGGCCUAUGAAGACGAACUUAAACGCCUGAGAAAGCAGAAAGAAGAAGAGCAGAAGCGUCGAAAGCAAGAGCAGGAAGCCCAAAAGAAGCUUCGUCAUAUGGGCGUUUGUCCUGUCGGAUUCCAGUGGAUCAAACAGGCAUCUGGCUAUCGAUGUGCAGGAGGAACGCACUAUGUGUCUAACGAGCAGCUUGGGAUGUAG